CAAUGUGCACCGCGUGGAGGAGCAGCGUUGCACUGAAGCGCCACCGAAGCAACCCUGUCGAGUAGUCGAUACCCUCCGCACAGGUACUCGCUCGCCCAGCGGCAGCCAUUUUAACUUCUGGCGUCGAAAAUACGGCGAGGAAAUCUGAGAAGCCGGAGAUCCUGUUGUCUGUGUGGUUUUUUCGCAUCCAGCGCAAGCAGUGUGUAGUGCUCGAGGGCCGUGGAACCAGUGAGUGUGCGAGGAAGUUGAGAAGCGAGCGUUCGAUCGAGAGGAUUCCCGAGUCGUAAUCUAACCAAGAGCGAAGCGAAGAUGUCGAUGUCUGCCACGUGCUACAAGUGCAACCGGCCGGGCCACUUUGCCCGGGACUGCAGUCUCGGCGGCGGCGUUGGACCAGGAGGCGUCGGUGGAGGCGGCGGCGGCGGUGGCGGCGGCAUGCGCGGCGGCGAUGGCGGCGGCAUGCGUCGCAACCGCGAGAAGUGCUACAAAUGCAACCAGUUCGGGCACUUCGCACGUGCCUGCCCCGAGGAGGCCGAGCGCUGCUACCGCUGCAACGGCAUCGGGCACAUCUCGAAGGACUGCACCCAGGCGGACAACCCGACCUGCUACCGGUGCAACAAGACCGGGCACUGGGUGCGCAACUGCCCCGAGGCCGUGAACGAGCGCGGACCGACCAAUGUGUCGUGCUACAAGUGCAACCGCACAGGCCACAUCUCCAAGAACUGCCCGGACACGUCCAAGACUUGCUACGGCUGCGGCAAGAGCGGACAUCUGCGGCGCGAGUGCGACGAGAAGGGCGGAAGGAACUAGGCGCCACCCACCACCAGUGGCACCUCGAACAGAAGAGAAAUGUAAUCAUCGAAGGAGGGAAUGAGUAAUAAUUCAACACACGAAGAACAACAAGAAGAAGAUGAGAAGAAAAAACAUGAAAAACGAAAAAUCAAUUUGCUACAACAUUCACAAAUGCCAGCCAACAACAACAACAGCAGCAGCAGCACCCAAUUCAAGAUCAACCCCUCCAAAACACAAAAGCCCCACACAACCACCCACCCACCCACACCUCACACACCCAUUAACUCACACGCAGACUACGACCAUCUAUAAUCCAGUAAAUCAUCGAGUAAACCAUCUCUGAUUCCAAAGCCGAGCCUGCAGCGCGGUGCCAACGUCCCGAGAACUGAGAGAAGAGAAGCAGUAGCAGAGGAAUCGGGCUUUCCACAAGGGAUAGGGAAAGCCAGCGGAAGAAUCAGUAGAGGUAGAAAGGCUCUACGAGAAGAAGAACCUGAAGACGAUAGCCAACGGCAGCUGUGCAGCCGAGAGAGCAGAUAACGCCGACGUAGAGAGGAUGAGGAAGAAGACACGACGACCCAAUUUGUAAGAUGAGACUAAACCGCAACAGCAACAACAAGAGAAAUCACCAAGCAAACCACUUUACUAUAAUUAUACCUAUAUGAUUAUGCUGCAAAAAGUGUUUGAAUUUACUAAUUACAUUAUAACGAAUGGAAUGAAACUAUAUAAGAUUAUAUAAAGAAACAACACGAAAAAAAACAUACCUUAAAGAAUACUAUAUAAAGAUAAUGAUCCUAUUAGGAGUUCCACAGCCAGAAACAACCGAAAGAAAAAGCGUAAAUAAAAAUGAUAAAAACCAAUGAAAAUGCGAAGAAUCAGGCGGCGAAGAGAAGACCAUACGUUACCACUCCACUCCACUCAACUCCACUCCAUCUAGCUGCUGCCGGCGAGCCUUGGGAUUUCUACAGGAUGCACGACUGCCUACCCAGUAACCAGUAUCCCACCCCGAGCCACCCAUCCAUACCGAACUACCACUACACACACCUAUACCAUCAUACACCCAUCAAGAGCCACAUGAUCCAAGACGCCCGGCAAGAUCUCUCGAGCGGGGUAGCAUAGCUGUGGAGCCAACGGGGGCAGCGAAACAAGAACAGAGAAGCAGACAAAGAACAAGAAGAGAACAUCAACAAUGGUGGACGUACGACGACGACUAUGAAAACGGAACGCAACGCUGGAGAGGAUGAGCUAAGCGGGUUGGGCGAGGAGCAGAAGACGACGCAGAAGCGGCAGGGCAACCCGGCAACCCAGCAGAAUAAGACUAGCAAGCAGCACUCAGAACACUCACCGGGGGAAGAAGAAGACAUGGCACACACACACCUUCAGUUCAGUUGGACGGACGGGACACAAAGAUGCGAAACCUACGUACGAUGAAGAAAAUGAAAAUUCAAAUAUCACUGUGAUUGUUUUUUAAUUGUAAAUUAAAAUGCUGGAGCUGCUGAUUUGAGACAAAAAAAUA